AUGGAGCAAAGAACCCCCAGUCUAGCCGGGAGUGAGACCCCCAGUAAAAAGGGGAAGGUUGCACUCCCAGCGAGUUGCGAUCCACCACAGCCCGGCGCACCACGGAAGCCCCUAGUUUGGAUCAUAUUCGGCGGCACCGGCCAAAUGGGCCGCUCCCUAGUCAAGAGCUGCCUCAACCACGGCGACUCCGUCACCGUCGUAGGCCGCAUCUUCGAGUCCACACCGGAGCAGAUAGCCGCCGCACACCUGCACCACCCGCAAGCCGAAAACGCCUUUGGCACGCUCUGCGACGUGCGCGACUACGCCUCGGUCAACCGGGUUAUCGACCAAACCCUUGACCGGUUCGGCCGCAUCGACUGCAUUGCCAACUGCUCCGGCUACGGCGUCAUCGGCGCGUGCGAGGACCAGGACGAGCACGAGAUCCGCAACCAGUUCGAGACCAACUUCAUGGGCACCGUGCACAUUAUCCAGGCCAGCCUGCCGUACUUUCGCGAGCAGGGCGCGGGGCGGUACAUCAUUUUCAGCUCUACCUCGGGCGCCUUGGGUGUGCCGGGUUUGGGACCCUAUUGCGCGACCAAGUAUGCGGUGGAAGGCCUGAUCGAGGCCAUGUUGUACGAGGUCGACGCGUUCAAUAUCAAGGCCACGCUUGUCGAGCCGGGUUUGGUACGCAGAGACGAGGCGGACACGUCUAUGGUGCCCCGCUGGGGCCACUUCCUCAUUAAACCUGCCAGCGAGCCCUAUUCGCACGCGACGUCGCCGGCGCUGCACGCGAAGAGGAUGGUGCAGUGGCUGGGCGAUAAGCAGCCUACUAGUGCCCAGAAGUGCGCGGACUUGGUGUGGCAGUUGGGUCAUUGCUCAUAUCCGCCGCUGAGGCUGCUGCUGGGUAGUUAUGCGAUUGAGAGUAUCAGGGACCGGCUAAGGUCGGUGACGGAGGAGUUGGAGGAUUGGAAGCAUCUGCAUUUUCCGGUGGCGCCGGAGCGGGUGGAGAAUAGGGGCGAGGGCGGCGAGGGCGAAAACAGAGGAGGCGAGAUGGGCGACAGAGACCAGGACGGCAUGGAGAUGGAGGUUGAGGAGACGUCGCCUACGAGCAACAGGGAAUAG